AUGUCUCUCGCAAGAGCUUUCACCACCCGCCGGGUGCGGCAAACCCUGGAAAUCAAGAACAACAGGGAAGCCGCCGACAACAACUCAGCCCACCCCCCGUCCGAUGGCUUGCUGCACCGCAAACAGUCGACCAAGGCAUUCAUGACACAUGGCUCCAUCCGCAACAAGAUCUCGGGGCCCGUCGAGCUUGUGCACACCACCAACAUGCUUUCCUACAGCGCGCCGGACAUCUUCCCUGGAUCCAACACCGCUACCGCCAACGUCCACUCCUCGCCGUCCACCUCCAGCAAAUCCGACGACGAGUCUGAUUCGGGCUACACCGCUGCGUCCACGCCCCCGACUAGCCCGGACACCCCGUCCCCCAUCGACAAGCGCGCCAUGUCGCCCGAGCCCAACCACUUGUCUUGUUACUUCAUGCCGCCAAGACAGACGACGCCCGAGGCCAGCGGCCUCGGCAUCGCCUCGGCCGACAGCAGCAGCAGCCCCAAUGCCUCACCCGCACAGGCCGGCACUGCCGCGUUCCCUGCUUCGGAGGCACCCGCCAUUCCCCAGCGUGCCCCCUCGCACACCAAGAAAUCGUACGACGGCCUCACGCGCCACCGCUCUGUCUCGCGCAUGUCGGAGCAGUCGUCCCGUUCGCUGUCCACCAAGGCCAGCUUCAGCUUCUCGCGCUCGUCGUCGAGCUCAACCAGCACCAGCGUCACGUCGACUUCGCACACCGCGACCGUCAAGCCGUCGCUGUCUGUCCACCACCACGCGCCCGCCGCCUCUGUCAGCGGCGUCACUGGCCCCGUCAGCAGCGUCGCGCCGCCACCUGUCUCGCACAAGAAGGACUACUCCGAGACGCACCCUUUUGGCCACGAACUGGCCAAGGUGUCUGAGCUCGUUGAAGAGUUUGGCAAGGACGGCGCACUGAUUGAGGAGCCCACUCCUAUUAGCUCGAACCCCAUUUUCGCCGAAGAAGAGCGCGAACUCAUCCGCCAAGGACUGAAGAAGUACAGUGCCGAGUCGUACAUUAGCGACAUCCAGGGCCUCAUGACCACGUUCUUUUCGGAAUCGCGGCCUAUGGCAGCCGUCUGGAUCUAA